AUGGAAAACUCUUCAUACAACAGCCUCACUCUGCAGCUCGAGGGGUUAAAGGUCACCAAGGCCAGCAAGUACCCCGUCUUUAUCUGUCUGCUUAUCAUCUAUGUGUUCAUAUUCGUUGCCAACGUGGGCAUCGUGUUGUUGAUAUGGACGGACAGGAGCCUGCACCAGCCCAUGUACCUGCUCUUCUGUAACCUGUCCAUCAACGACAUCAUGGGGAACUCUCUGCUGGUUCCCCGGGUGCUGUCAGACAUCCUGGUGCCGCCCUCCGAGCGCCUCAUCAGCUACUACGAGUGUGUGCUUCAGGCGUUCACCACUCACAUGUUCGGCACCACCUCUCACACGAUACUGAUGAUCAUGGCCUUUGACAGAUACGUGGCCAUCUGUAAUCCUCUGCGUUACGCCGCCAUCAUGACCAACAACAUGGUGGUCAAGCUGACCGUGUCUGCCUGGGGCGUGGCCUUUGUUCUGGUGGGGAUUCUGCUGGGUUUGACCAUAAGACUGAACCGAUGCAGGACAAUGAUCAUGAAUCCUUACUGUGACAACGCCUCGCUGUUCAAACUCUCCUGUGAGAGUGUGUUUAUUAACAAUGUCUACGGCCUCACGUUCACCGUGGUCCUGCUCUCAGCUUCUAUCGGCAGCAUAGUUCUCACCUACGCUAAGAUCACAGUCGUGUGUGUGACCAGUAAGAACCAGUCUCUGAACAGUAAGGCCCUGAAGACCUGCAGCACUCACCUGUGUCUGUACCUGAUCAUGCUGUGUAGUGGAAUGGUCACCAUUACUCUGCAUCGCUUCCCUCAGUACUCUGACUACAGGAAACUCUCCGGCAUUUUGUUUCAUGUCAUCCCUUGCAGCCUCAACCCCGUUAUCUAUGGAGUGCAGUCCAAAGAGAUACGAAGAUUCUUGUCAAAAUUGUUUGAGCACAGGAAUAUGUGACAAUAAUAAGAGCAAAGAUUUCCAUGUUUAAUGUAUUAGGUAUUGACACACACACACAUUUAUAUAUAAAUUGAGCUAUGACUGUUCUACUGUACAACAUAGCUUAGU